UGUGUUUACUCAUCUCUCCGCUCAGCGGUCAGAAGCAGAUCUAUCAGUCAUCACAGUAUUGUAAUCGAUUGUUGUGAAUCGGAUCAAUCAAAGUUAUCGGAGCGGGAUGAAGCUCCUCUGCAGCGGAUCAAUCCCGUACCCCCUGCUUCUCCUCUGCCUGCCAGUUUGCUUGGCUGCUCAUGGUCGCUAUGCUCAGAAGCUGCUGACUGACUUGUUCUCAAACUACACCAACGCUUUGCGGCCGGUUGAAGACACCGACCACAUCAUCAAUGUCACUCUGCAGAUCACUCUCUCCCAGAUCAUCGACAUGGAUGAGCGAAACCAGAUUCUGACUACGUACCUGUGGAUCCGCCAGGUGUGGAUGGAUGCCUAUCUCACCUGGAAGACGGAGGACUAUGAUGGCCUUGACACCAUCCGCAUUCCUAGUAGCUACGUGUGGAGACCUGACAUUGUUCUGUAUAACAGUGCAGACGACGAGUUUUCAAACUCCAUGGAGACCAAUAUUGUUCUCCGUAACGAUGGGCAGGUGAUGUGGGACCAGCCAGCCAUUACCAAAAGUUCCUGCUCCGUGGAUGUGGCCUUCUUUCCCUUUGAUUUGCAGCAAUGCCACCUCACCUUUGGUUCCUGGACUCACAAUGGCAACCAGAUGGACUUAUCCAACGCUUUGGACAGCGCUGACCUGACCGACUUUGUUGACAAUGUGGAGUGGGAGGUUUUGGGCAUGCCAGCCAAGAAGAAUGUUAUUCUGUAUGGUUGCUGUUCAGAUCCGUAUCCGGACAUCACCUUCACCCUCCACCUGAAGAGACGUGCCUCCUUCUAUAUCUUCAACCUACUCAUCCCCUGCAUGAUGAUCUCCUUUCUGGCUCCCCUGGGUUUCUACUUGCCAGCUGACUCGGGUGAAAAAGUUUCCCUGGGUGUCACCGUGCUGCUGGCCCUCACUGUAUUUCAGCUGCUUGUGGCUGAGAGCAUGCCGCCAUCAGAGAGUGUCCCGUUAAUAGGUGAGAAGACUGAGAAUUCCCUUAUUAU